AUGCCUAUCGAUUAUAGUAAGUGGGACAAACUUGAACUUAGUGAUGACGACGACUUUGAAUGUCACCCAAAUGUUGACAAAGCCUCUUUUAUAAGAUGGAAACAAGCUGAUAUUCAUCAAAAACGCGAAGAAAGACGUCAAAAAAUUCAGGAUCUUAAACAAAAAAUCGCGCAGAAUGAGGUUUUAUUUUCUCGAAUCGAUGAUAUGAUAAAACAGAUUGAAAAGAAUGGC